AUGAGGCAAUUUUUUCGUCGAUUUUCUUCGUACAUAGCGAUGAGUUCCUACGAAGUAAAGCACAAUGUGAAAGGACGUGAAUUUUUUAUAGCCCUCGAUAAAGGUUUGUCCAUCUGUUCUUUUUAACGGUUACGAGUUCACCGGCAUAUGAGUUUUUUAGUUAACCAGGGGCCCGUAUUAAAACGUGGUUUAUGUUUGCCGUGUUUACAUUUAAGAUCGAGGUUUCAAUAGUUUUAAAACUGAUACAAAAAAAUCAUGUAUCGGUUAAAUCAAAGCACGAAUCAGCGUACCCCACACAUGCACUCUCCCCUCUUGCCAAAAAGCAGCAUCAUGUAACAAGUAAAGGAUUACACAAGCUUUUCUCUGUCUGCAGACUCGCAUUCAAGAGCACAAAAAAGCUACAUCAAAAGAGUAAUAUGGCCCCUUUCUUGAUUUUCUUGAGGUGGUGGUGGGGGGAAGGGUAGGGAGUUAGGAGUGGGGCCGGGCAUUUGAUUAUGAGCAUCCUGAUGGAAGCCUUCCACUAGGUUUUUUUAGGCAAGGCUUUGCUCUAAGAAAAAAUAAAGGGAGCCCAGUGCUCUGAACAUGUGAAAUCCAGGAUGCCCAGUAUAUGAUUUCUAUGGGAAAACUAAGAUUUUCUAGUUGCUUUGGAGCAAAAGCUAGAUGCCAGGGGCCACCAGGCACUGCUAAAGCACAGCUUUGCUUUAAGUGGUCGCAAAUUCAACAUUUCUUUUGCCUUUACAAACAUUCUCCCACACCCUCUAAAGUCUUAUGUGAAACGCACAUGAGGAAAGUGCAUUUCAUUGAGAAAUGGUGCCUAAUGAAAAUGAAAAGCAUCAGCCGUAAAAUGGGGGUGGGGUGUCCCAUGACUAUCUGCAUGCUCACGAAGGAUGCUGAAGCAUGUUGCGUCCUUCUUCUCUCUGAAUGAAGUGUUAGCUUAUUGUUUCCAUGAUUCAAAGAUAAUUUAACUAAAGCAAAUCAAUACCUUGUCUUCUGACAAGAUGACUUAUUAGGAACUGCAGUUACUCAAAAUGUAAAUUAUUUUGACUUUAUAAAAUAUUUUAAGGAUUUAAGCCAUUGGAAUGUAUAAAAUGUAAGAGAGGAACGACUUUUCUAUUUUUUUUUUGUUUCAUUUUAUUUAAUUUGUAUGAAAGCAUCAUUCUUUCAUGUGAAUUUUUUGGCAUUCAGAAGGAAAAAAACUUCAAAGAAAUGUUUCAUUUACAAUCACUGCAAUAAGUAUCUAUUUUGCAUCACUCACACUUAGAUGCAAAUCACCCUUCCAAAACAAUCAAGAUGUUUCACCAAUGUCAACCUACAAAUAAUAGGAUACAUUUGAUUGACAGAAUACUUUGCUUUUAGUAUUGAUAUGUUUCAAUAGGCGCAAUUCUGUGAUGGCUAUGAAUUUCCCAACGGAAUAUCAAAGCAACCUGAAGUUGAAUAUAUUACUAGACAGUGCAAAGACAGUAGAGUAUCUGCACAUGGCAAAAUGCUCUGCUAAAUUUCCUUUCAUCACUUAUGCAGUUUGGUAUUUAAAUGUGGAGAAGAAAUAUCAUUUAUACUCUAAAGAACGCCCGAGACAGAUUUCUGACCAUUUUCACCUUAAGUUAAGUUGGUACUUUUUUUUUUUUUUUUUUUUUGUAUUUUAUUUAUUUAUUUUUUUUUUACAGGUAUAGUACAAACAACAUACAGAUCGAAACAUACAAAUAUUACAAAAUUUACAACAACUACCUUAAUUAAAAAAAAAAAAAAAAAAAAAAAAAAAAAAAAAUAGAAAAAUAAAUAAAAAGCUACACUGCACUACACUACAAGGCUUACAUAACUUAUUCGACUUGAACUUAAAAUACAGAGUAAUACAGGGAGUAUUAGAAAAACGAAGUUUGGAUAACAGCUACUGUUGUAUUAAUGGGAGUAACGGCUUCCAUUUUUUAUCAUGGAAAUGGAUUUUGUUGUUUCUUUUCGCGAUAAAACGUUCGGUUUGAAACGUUUUUUUAAAUUUAUCGACUAAUAGUCUUACACAUAAACAGUCCUUAUUUAACUUACAGCGGUAAAUAAAAUAUUUGCUUUCAAGAAUGAUGUAAUUGACUAGAAUGCUUAUAUUAUCUGUAUCUAAGAUCCCAAAAAGGACAUUCAUGAUAUCAAACCUAAUAGUUAUAUUAAAAGAAUCAAGUACAGACUUUAAAUCAUUCCAAAACAUGUUUACUUUUGUACAAUGGAAAAAGAGAUGUUCUAUGGUCUCCAACUCCUUUUCACAAAAAUCGCAGAAGGGAGAAUCUACUUUUUUGAACUUAAACAGCAUCUUGUUCGUGUAUAAGAUCCUGUUUAAUAUUUUAUAUUGGAAUUCUCUUAAUUUAGUAUCCAAUGUUGUUUUGAAGGGCAGUAGAUAUAUCUUUUCCCAGUCCAACUGAAAUGUGUGUGUGCUGAAAGUUUCGUUAUAUUUCUUUUGCGCUGUUGGUAUACUGGAUAUCUUAGAAACAAAACUGUCAUAUAAUGACUUUGAUUUAAGAUUUUGGAAAUUGACUUUUUUCCCUUCAAUACGUAACUUGAAAUCAGUUUGGAUUAGAUCAUGAGUUUUUGAAGAGAUAGAGUUUUUAUUUGUUUUUAAUAUUUUGCGCCAUUCUUCAGGAAAAGCAUUGAAGAGACUGAAAAGUAGAAAAUGUUCAACUGGUGAAAGAGUUGAAUAUAAUGGUUCCUUGUUCGACUUGAAACCUCCCCACGUGUCGUAGAGGUCUCCAAUUUUUACAAUUCCAAGAUCAAUCAGCCUACUGUUAUAGACUGACUUUGAUUCAAUGCAAAUGAACUGGUUGUUCCAUAUGACCUGAUUUGCUAUUUCAGAGGAUGAGGAGGGGUUGUCUUCAUUUAAAAGGGUCCACGCCACAAUGCAUUCUUUGUAAAAUUCUGGAAGAGUUACCGGUAGUUUAGUGUAGUUAAAAUUGCAAUGAAACAAGAAUUUUCCCCCUACUUUCUUAAGAUAAAAAUUCAGAAAAAACUUCCAGCCAGCGGGAUCAAUGGAGAGAUAUCUCUUAAUACAAAUUAUUCUUUGGGCAGAGAUCAUUGACUCAAUGUUGGGCAUUUUCAAGCCUCCUUUAUCAAUAGGGUUAAUAAAAGCUCUGCGCUUUACUUUAUCUUUUCCCUUCCAAACAAAGGAAUAUAGCAAAGUAUUUAUUUUUUUGAUAAACUCUUCUUUAUUUGAAAUGAGAACAACCCUGUAUAAAAUCUUUGGUAUGGCGAAAGACUUGAUCACUUGAAUUUUUCCAAGUAGUGUAAGACCUCUCCAGCUCCAGCCCUUCAGCAAUCCUCUCAGAGAUUUCUCGAUUGAUUCAAAGUUAAGCUUAUAAAACAGUGCGUGAUUAAAGGUGAAAUGAACCCCUAGGAUCUUUAUGGCCUUACUUAUUUCAUUAACACCUAGUUCUGAGCUGUUUACUUCCAUAUUUCCUAGUAGAAGAAUUUCCGUUUUGUCGUGAUUGACCUUCAAUCCGGAGUAUGUACUAAACAGAUCGAUAGUAUCAAAAAGGGUGCGAUGCGAAAAUUUGUCCCUAACAAAUGAUGUCAUAUCAUCAGCGAAUAUAACUAAUUUGAUUUCGGAACCAUCCACCUCAAUACCCUUAAUUUGAUCGUUAUUACGUAUGGAUAAUGCCAAUAAUUCAAGUACUAUUAUGAAAAGAGAUGGCGAGAGUGGGUCGCCCUGGCGAACACCCCGUUUAACAUUGAAAGAGGGGGUGGAAAAACCAUUAUUGAAAACACAACUUGAUAUAUUAUUAUAAAACGUCUUGAUCCACCCCAAGAAGGAUUCUCCAAAGCCAAAGAACUCUGGCGAUUUGUGGAGGAAGUUCCAAUUUAGAGAAUCGAAGGCUUUCUCAAAAUCAAUUGCAGUCAUUAUACCUUGGUAGUCUCGCAUUUUAGUAAAUUCCAACACAUCGGUUAUCGUACGAGUUGCAUCAAAAAUUGUUCGUCCUUUUACAAAGGCAUUCUGGUCAUAAUGGAUAAUAUGUGGUAGGACAUUUUCUAGCCUUUUAGCGAUAGCUUUUGAGCCGAUUUUAACAUCAACAUUUACCAGAGAAAUCGGUCUCCAGUUUUUAAUCCAUCUCCUAUCUUUGUCCUUUUUCUCAAUUAACGUUAUCACGGCUUGCUUUUGCGAAUGUGAUAAUUCACCAUGAAAAUACGCAUAAUUUAAUGAGUCCACUAGAAAUGUUCCGAUUUCUGACCAGAAGAACUUGUAAAAUUCUAUAGUAAGCCCAUCGUUUCCAGGAGUUUUAUCGUUACUAAAGGUAGACAGAACCUUGAAACAUUCGGAAUAUGUUAAUUGACCCUCGCACGUUUCCCGCAUUGAGUCGGUUAACUUAGGAGAUGAGAGGGUAUCUUCCAGAAAAGGACAAAUCGAAUAGUCAGUUUGUAUUCCCGACUUUUCGUCAUAAAGUUCAGAAUAAAAACUGUGAAUUUCAGUCAUAAUAGUGUCCGGAACAGUAGUCUCUUCUCCAUUUGCUCGAAUAAGUUUCCGUAUGCAGCUUUUUUUCUUAUUUCUGUUUUCCAGAUUUAGAAAAUACUUGUUGUUUCUUUCCCCUUGUUCAAACCAUGUAGCACGGGAACGAAUGAUUGAGCCUCUUACAAUGUAAUCAUACUCUUGUUCGUAUUCUGUUUUGACCGAUUCGAGGUUGGCAAGGUUUUCUUGCGUCGGUGAUUCUGCUAUUUUUUCCUCACAUAUUUUAAGCCUGUUUUCAAUUGUUUGAAUUCUAUUUCUCCUUUCUUUAGCUUUCAGUUUGCUAUACGAUAUACUUUCCCCUCGAAUUUUGUAUUUCAUCCAGUCCCAUUUAAUUCUCGAAUCAUCGCAAAAAUUAAUUUCGUCUAUCCACUUAGGAAAGUUCUCGCGUAAACGCUCAACGAAAAAAGCGUCAUCCAAGAGACUGUUAUUGAACUUCCAAAAAGAUGGGCCACGCUGCUGAUCAUUUAGACUGUCAAUUUCUAAAGUUAUUGCAUGGCGAUCCGUUCUUAUAGCUGUCACUAUGUCGACUUUAGCUACGUCAUCUUGUAAUAGGUCACUAAUGAGCCAAUAAUCAAGGCGUCUUUGAAUAAUUGGGCUUUUUUGUCUCCAAGAAAAUUUCUUGCUAUUAGGAUUACGGAUUCUCCAGAUGUCAACUAAAUCAUAAUUCAGCAUAAUGUCCUCCACACACUUAACUGAGUCUUUUAACACAGGGUUUCCACCCGAACAAUCUAGGUCUGGGUCCAUAGUUACGUUCCAAUCCCCUCCUAAUAUAAUUUUGUAGUCAAAAUCAUUGUAUCCCUCAUCAUAGAUAAGCUCAGACAAUGUUUGGAAGAACAACGAUUGCUUAGUGGUGGUAUUGGGAGCGUAAAUAUUUAUCAGAAGGAAUGGAACAUCUUGAAUAGUUGUCUCUAAAAUGAGGUACCUCCCAUCCUCAUCCGAUCGAAUUGAUUUCAAUUUGAAGUCAAAGGAUUUGCGUAUAAGGAUGGCGACCCCACGACUAUGGUUAGAGCCAUGAACAAAGUAAAUGUCCCCGGACCACUGCUUUUUCCAUUGAUUUUCAAUCUCUUCAGUGCUGUAAGUUUCCUGCAGAAAGCAGAUGUCUGAAUUUUGCUUGUAUAGCCAGUUGAAAAUGGACUUACGUUUUUCAAAAGAACGGAUACCCCGAACGUUCAGCGAAAGAGUUUUAAACUUUAAGUUGUUGAAAUCCAUUGAAAUUUGCAUACGUGUAGUGGAAAAAAGACAACAACAGUAGCUGUUAUUCCCAGAAGGGUCACUGUUACUCGAACAAUUAACGCAUUCGUUAAGUUGGUACUGACAAUAUACGGUAAUUGCUGCGGAGCGACCGAAGGGAGCGAGCAGCAACAUAAUCAGGAUUUAAAGGAAAUAUAUAAGGGGAGACAAAUUCUCGAAUUCAUCACUUUUUACCACAAUGCAUUGCAUUUAACCACACUUUUUCCCACAAUGCAUUGCAUUUAACCAGAGUGCAUUGCGCCACGCUGAAAUAUAAACACGGGGAAGUUCGGUGGGUGAGAGAGUGGAUCGUUCGCUGCUCAGACUUAGAGUUUUCUUUGUGGCAAAUUUUCUACAGCACGCAGGAGUCUUUCAGAUGAGUACGAUGGUUAACUUGGGGAUUGGAUUUCAAUUCAAGAGCCUUUUUGACUCGUCCAGGUGUUAAACCUGACGAGAAGAUGAGCAUUUGCUCUUCGACUCCGCAACACAGGAGAUAUACAAAUUCCAGCUUGCUAGUAGGUGAUGUGAAAGAAAUGUGAUGAGAAAAUGUCAUGCAAUGCUAUUCUUAAGAAACUGUAUGAGCCGAAAAUGGAUGUGAUUUUGACCAUUCGCUUCAAAAUAACAGCGGAAAUCGAGAUAACAAACAUAUGUUUUGUGUCCUACUUUGCAGACGAGGACGUUUAUCGGCAUUUUGAAAAGCAUAAUUAUGUUCUUUCAUUCAUUUAUUGCCAUGGAAUAUGCGUUUACAUUGUUUUUUCACUGUUAAUAGCUCGGUUAAUGCGGCUAGCGAUCGUCUUGCCGGUGGAAGUUUCAUGGAAAAGGAAUAAAAUGAAAGACUUUUCCUUAAAAUUACGUAAUCAGUCUCUGUGGUGUAGUGGUUAGGAGUAGUCGCGGCAAGUCGAAGGUGCUGGGUUCGAGUCCUACUGAAUUAUUUAUUCCUUCUUUCUUUUUUUUUUCCGUUUUUUUGUGUUGUUGUUUUCUAUAAAUAUAUAGCUAAAUAACUUAAGAAAAGUAUUGUGUUUCUAGAGAAAAUAUCGUGCACCGUAUAUUAAAUAUAUGGAUAAACGAUCUGAAUUUCUAUUAUUUCCUACAAUUUAUUGUGGGAAAACCAGAGUUGAUAACCAGUUCUUUAUAUAGACUGAUAGUAAUUAUUCUAGUACUUUCCAACAUGUAAAUAGGACAUUCAAUGUUAUUUUUGAUUCUUUUAAGUCUCACGGCCUAACUAAUGUACAUGCCAGUAUCAACAGAAUGCGCCGCAGCGUUACUCUCUUUUAGAUACCCUAGUGUUAAUGUUCUAAAUGAUAAUUGUGCAUUUUUUAUCUUAGGAAAGGCUGUAUUGUUGUAUGAAAAUGAAGGACACAAUACCAUAAAUAUGUAUCACACCCAAGUACCCACUGAAUUGAGAGGACGUGGAAUCGCUGGACAGUUGGCUAAAGUAAGUAGUGUUCUAAAGCUCCAGGCUGUAAUCAAAGAAACCUUGGGACAGACUCCUUUUAUUCAGAGGAGUUUUGAAAUAGUUUUAUAGAUUAUGGUAAAGUUAUUUUUCCUUUCUCAUUUCUGAGGGGAAAGCAGACAGUAUGACAUUUUUCCACCUUUAAAAACAUUUGCCAGUCACUUUCUGUUACGAAAAGUUGUCUUGCGAGAGUAGUGUGACAUUGUAGAAGCUUCUUGAAAGUUCAUAGUUGGUUUAUUUUAGUACCUUGUAUAAGCAUUUCUAAAGCGGUAUAUUUUGUAAUCUUUCUAUAACUGGACUAUUUGCAAAGUUCUAAUUUUAUUGUGAAAGUAUAUAAGUAGACGAGUCCAAGCGAGGUUUUAACUAGUUUUCACAAGCGAAAAGAGUUAAAAGUUGGUUGUGUUUAGUAAAGUGUGGCUGAAACAGUGUUUAUUCAAGUUGGCGGAGACCAUUUAAGUUUCUCAAGUUAUGUGCAGUUGUAGAGUUGUACUUACUGGAAACUACUUUCCUAUUUGGCAGGAAUAAAUUUUCUUGUUGCUGUUCCGACACCCUGCGUUCAGUUUAGUUUGCAAGCUACCCCUCCUCUUAAAGAUUACUCAUGUAACGCUUUCCCAUUUACUUAAGGCUUAUACUAAUGACAUCAACAUUAUUAUUUUGCUUUAGGCAGCUCUGGAUUAUGCUGUAAAUGAAGAUGCCAAGGUCAAAUUGACAUGUACAUAUUUGCAGAAAUACGUAAAUGACCAUCCUUCUCCAGACUACACAUCUCGCGUUGUAGCACCUUAA